GGACUCCGCCGCCGCGGCUCCGCGCCGCCCGCCCGCCCGCCCGCUGCCCGCUCCCUGCCCGCCCGCUGCCUGCCGCCGGGCCCAUGGCGAGCACGUCGGCGGAGAUCAUCGCCUUCCUGCUGACCAUCUCCGGUUGGGUGCUGGUCUCCUCCACGCUACCCACCGACUACUGGAAGGUGUCCACCAUCGACGGCACGGUCAUCACCACCGCCACCUUCUGGGCCAACCUCUGGAAGACCUGCGUGACCGACUCCACGGGAGUCUCCAACUGCAAGGACUUCCCAUCCAUGCUGGCGUUGGACGGUUACAUCCAAGCCUGCAGAGGACUGAUGAUCUCCGCUGUCUGCCUGGGCUUCUUCGGUGCCGUUUUUGGACUGGUUGGGAUGAAGUGUACAAAAGUCGGAGGCUCUGAUCAGACUAAAGCAAAAAUAGCUUGUUUAGCUGGACUGAUUUUCAUACUCUCUGGGCUGUGCUCUAUGACUAGUUGUUCCCUGUAUGCAAACAGGAUUACGUCUGAGUUCUUUGAUCCUUCUUUUGUUGCGCAAAAGUAUGAAUUAGGAGCAGCUUUGUUCAUUGGAUGGGCUGGAGCUUCACUGUGCAUAAUUGGUGGCAGUAUAUUCUGCUUCUCGAUAGCUGAAAACAGUAAUUCUCCAAGGAGGGGGUAUGCGUAUAAUGGAGCCACAUCCGUGAUGUCUUCUCGUACAAAGGUCCACAACAGUGUCCCAGACAAAACCCCACCAAAGCACUUUGACAAGAAUGCUUAUGUUUAAUUGUACUGUUGGAAGAUUCAGAGAGUUUUAAAAAUGAGUUUGUAUGUUUUGUGCAGAGUGAUUUCCCCUCCCCCCAACCCAAUAUAAUUACCACUAAAACAAUGACUUUUUAAAACAUUAACUUGCAGCUUUUUACACAUUGAUGUAAAUUUUAUUAUAUAAUAUUUUAAGAUUGAUGUUGGUAUUGUAAAGUUUAUACCUGGAAAUCAUGAGCUGAUGUUGCUUUAUUGAAAAAAAAAAAAAUAAAUGGGAUAUUUACCA